AUGUUCCCCUUAAACUGCACCUCCAACAGCCUCUGUCACGUGUACAUCAACGGCACGGCCGGGAGUGGCUGCGUGGAUACGCAGGCAUGUUGUGCGUUGCAGACGGGGGACUCGGUGACUAGGUACAAGUUAGGGUUCAAUGGGGAUGUUUGCUCGGCGUACCGGAGCUUCGUGAAUUUGGAUUACAGUUUACCGGUGAGCAGAUGGCCGGCGCCUGGAGUGGAGUUGGAGUGGCUUUUGCCCAGAGAGCCCACUUGUGAGGAACUAGGCGAUUGCGAUUCGGGGUCCACUUGUAGUCCCGACCCGAACUCGAAUGAUGCGAUCAAAAGAUGCUUUUGCAACUCCGGGUUGCAAUGGGACUCGGUUGUUGGACAGUGUAUUAAAGUGUAUAAAGAUCGAAUCGCCCUUAUAACAGGUUUAACUAUAGGCCUUGCUGUAGCACUCUUAGCAGCGCUGACUAGAUUUUUAUUCUACAUGCGGCACCAGCGCAUCAAGAAAGAGCAAGAACGACUUACUCGAGAACGUGAAGAAAUCCUUAAUGCUGUUAUUGAUUUCAAUAGAGAGGAGGAUGACAUGAGCUUGGCCGUUUAUGUGCAGAGAUUGAUGGAGGAGGAGAGGAUAAUGGACGUGGUUGAUCCAAUGUUGACUAGGAAAGGAGUAAGCAACAUGGGGUUUCAGAGCAUGAAGGCUUUGGCGUUUCUGGCUGUACGAUGCUUGAACGAACACAGACAAAACAGGCCUUCUAUGAAGGAGGUUGCUGAGGAGAUUGAAUACAUUAUCAGUAUUGCAAUAGCUGAUGUUACUGAGUAG